AUGAGGUUCUCCUUAUUAUUAAAGGUAGGAGCUUCUGGAGUUUCUGGCUCGCUUCGAGGACCAGCAUCGCUCCUGGGGAACAAUCCUUCUAUACCGGUACCGACUGAACCAACAACGGUGGUUCCCCCCGAUGAAUUUGAGCUGGCACCAGGACAAACAGAGGAUGAGCAGCUUGGUCUCUACCUUGACCUCUCGAAAGUCAAGAAUCCUCAGCCGAUACGGGGAGGAUCGACCGGCCCGACAGAUCCUGGUCCAAGGACAGAAGCGUAUGACCGCCUCAAUAGCGACUUGUUCAUUCCACCUGGAACCGAUUCCGGAGAUGUAGGGAAUGCGAAAUGGCCGUUUGGACUCUCCCACAAUCGACACGGCUUAGCUGGCGCAGGCUGGGCUAGACAACAGAACGUUGAUCAGCUUCCAAUCGCUACCGCCAUGGCUGGCGUCAAUAUGAGGCUGUCGCCGCAUGCGUAUCGAGAGCUCCACUGGCACAAAUCUGGAGAGUGGGCUUUGAUGUUAAAUGGAUCUGUUCGCAUCACUGCAGUGAAUGAGGCAGGACAGACCUUUGUUGAUGAUGUUACGGCCGGCGAUGUAUGGUUUUUCCCUAAAGGCGUUCCGCACUCUAUUCAAGCAUUUGAAAAUGGAUGCGAGUUCCUCCUAGUCUUCGACGACGGAGAGUUCAGCGAAGACGAAACUUUCCUCGUCUCAGAACUCAUGGAGCGCAAUCCCGAAAGCGUCGUCGCGAAGAACUUCCGGACCUCGGUCGAGACGUUCAAGAAGCUGCCGGAUGGGCAACUGUGGAUCUUCCCUGGAACACCUGCCCCAAAGAAUAUCCAAGACCAAAACGUUACAGGACCCGCUGGUUUUCUGCCAAAGGAAGCCUCAUACAGUUACCAUCUGUCCCAACAACAACCCUACAGAGUUCCUGGAGGCAGCAUCAAAGUGAUUGAUCCAGCAACAUUCCCCAUCGCAAAAAUGUUUUCCGCCGCUCUUGUCACCGUAGAACCGGGCGCUAUGCGAGAAAUGCACUGGCACACCACAUCAGAUGAGUGGACAUAUUUCUUACAAGGCACCGCUCGUCUCACCGUCUACCAAGCCCCGGCGUCUAGCCGCACAUUCGACUUUUCAGCCGGUAACGUCGGCUACAUCCCCGUUCCAAACGCGCACUAUCUCGAGAACACAGGUAGCGAACCUCUAAUCUUAUUGGAAGUGCUGCAAGCAACAAGCUACAGCGAUAUCAGCGUGAACCAAUGGCUUGGUCUUACUCCGAAGCAGAUUGUCAAGGAUCAUUUGAAUGUUGAUGAUGCGUUUGUGGAUACCCUGCCUAAGUCGGAGCCGUUCAUUGUGCCGGGCAAUAAGGAUAUGACGACAACGAACUUCACGGGAACCUAGGAGUAAUGAGGCUGGCGAGGCCAUGGCCGGGUGUUGUCGGAUUGUGGUAAAUAAUUGUGGACAAACGGUUGUUUGGAGCAUCUUCUUCAGAGGCUCUGUGAGCAAG